AUGUCUCAAGAGAAUACAAAUAAUAUUAAGAUAGGUGAUUUAACUUCUGUAAAAUUUUAUGAAAGUUUAAAUAAAGGAACUGAAGGUGUACACAAUGUAAACCUCUUUUGUUCGUUACCUAAUGAUAAUACGUUAGAGAAUCAUUUAAAUAUUAAAUGGUUUUGUUCAAAAUUAAGACAACAUUUAAUGAUUGAAUUUAAUCAUAAGAACAAAUAUAUAGAGACUAUCAAGGAUGAUUUCUGCAAUUUAUUGAAUUACUGGUUAUAUGAACAAUUAUUAAAAAAGUGUAAGGGAAUAGAAUGUAAGGCUACCAGUAUUUAUCCUAAAAUUCAUGAAGCAUUAUAUAGGUUUACCACAGUCAAUCCUUCCAGUAUAUACAGUUUAUUUAGUUGUAAUAAAUUUUAUUACAUAAAAUCAGACGAAGAUUGGGAAAAGAGAAAGAAUUUUUUUGAUUAUUGCAUAGACUUUGAAAAAUAUGAGCAAUCAUUUGAUCCUGAUAAGGAAGAUUGUAAGGAAUAUAAAAAUUAUUUUAGUGAUAAAAUCAGUCUAUAUAAUGAUUAUAGGAAAUUUUGUAACGAUACGAGUGGACCUGAAUGUCCAGUAUUAAUUAGCACAUUUAAGAAAUGCGAUCCAGAAAAAUUUUUAGAUUCCCAUAGAUGCAAUAACUAUGAGGAACGAAGAACUGAUGAUCCAAAAGAAUUACCAUCACAAGGGUCACAUAUUCUUCAAAAUGAGCAAGAUAGUCUUGUAUUUCAAAAACAUGGAACAACAUCUGCUGAUGAAGCAACAUUUUCUGAUGAAAUAACAUCUUCUGAUGAAACAACAUCUUCUGAUGAAACAAAAUCUUUUGAUGAAAUCAAGGUAAAUUAUGACAAAAAAAAUACUAUGACAACCUUUGGUGGCGUAAUUCUAGGAGUAUUUCUCACUAUAAUAACUUUAGGCUUAUUCUAUAAGUUUACACCCAUGGAAAAAUAUUUAGGAAAUGUAAUUAGAAGGAGGGAAAAUGUUAUACAUAACCUACGUGAAGUAAAGCAUUCUUUAUCUACUGAUUAUUCAGAAUACCAUAAUCCUUAUUAUGAAGAUGUACAAGAUCAGUAUAUAGGUUACGGCGCAGAAUAG